GACUUCUUCAGACAACGAGCUGAACAAUAUAACUACAGAGUGGAAACAGGUUUCCGUCAAAAUGCAGCAACUUCUGGAGAGGAAGAAGUUCCUGUGUAUAUUGAAAGAGCUUAGAGAUUCUGCUGAGUUUGGACAAAGAGAGGAAGCAGUUUCCACUCAGAAAGAGAUCGAUAGCGUUGAUGUCAAACUGAAACAACUGAGUGAUAGGAAGGCUACACUCCAAAAAAGCUAUGAUAACAUCCUCAAUGCCAAACACACGACAAGCAAGAAAGAGGUUAGUUUCGCCUCCAGUCAGAAGAUCGAGACUUGUGAUGUUCCUGGUGUAAAUGUUUUCUACGUUGAGGCUCCACCCAACUUCCCUGCCCCUACAGUGAUUCUGGACCUGGAAAAGCUUCCAGCACAUCCAUGCAGGACACAGUGCCCAGAGUGUCGGGAGUUCAUCAUGACAGAAACGUUCACCUCUGUGAGCAGUUUGACCUGGCUGGUGUGUUUUAUGACAGCUGUGAUCGGCUGCGUGGCUGGUUGUUGCCUCAUUCCCUUCUGCGUCGAUAGCUUCAAGUCCAUCACACACAGGUGUCCAAAGUGCCGAACGUCGUUAAAAACGCUGAAAAAGCUCUGAGAGGAAAGCAAAGACUGAAGCUCACACCGAGCAGACGUUGGAUUUGCAGUUAUUGGUGAUGUAAUCUUUCAGCAGCUUGACUCUCUUGCAGAGUUCAUCUGUUAAUUUUCACCAUUCAUGAUGCAGCAUGCACUGAGUAUCAGUGGCUGAGAGGGAAAUGUCAAACACGAAGCACAGAUGGAUUCUGAAUGUAGAUGGGUUUUUUUGGACCCAUCUGUAUAUCAAAAUGGCACUUACUGAAAUGAAAAAAACGGAUCAAUUUAUUAGAAAUAUACUGCAUUGAUGAGUUUUUUUGAAGUCAUGCCAACAUUCAGUUUUCUUUUCAGAUUUCUAAAUGUGAUGAGCUGUAACUGCAACAGAAAAUUACAGGCUUUCCUUGUAUAGUUUUUUUUUUUAAUGAUAAGCAGUAAAGGGUAUGUGGCGACGCUCAUCGACUGACUGCAAAAUCCCAAACAAUCUCUGUAUUUACAAAAACGACUGUUACAUUUGUAUAAAAGGUAACAUAAAUACACAAUGUGUAAAACAUAUGGCAUACAAACUAUGCAUUGUACAUUUUUUUUCUUUUUGGUGUUGAGUUAUACUAGUAUAGUAAAGACAAAACAUUUCUCAUUCCAGCACGUAACCCCUUUUAAAGUGUGUCAUUUGAGGCACUAAUGUACUGAUAGGAAAAAAAAUAAAAAAAUCACAACAAUUCCUUCAACAUGUCAACAUUCAGGUGAGCUGGUUCCAGAGACAGACAGUGAAUCCCUAAAAAUGUAAAAACAUAUCAGCAUCACUGGGCUGACCUUGAUGCUACAACACGCCCACCACAGGGCGGUGGUGCAUCAUGUUGUGCACUAUUUGUUUUUUGAGCAUCAUUUCCUACAUAAGUUCUUUUUUUUCUUGUAAUUUGCAAAAAAAAAAAGA